CGAUAUUUGAUUUCCUCCAAAGUUGAAACUGGUUGUUGAUCUGAUGCAUAACGGAGACCUACUACAUCACUUGUCCACCCUCAGGCAAUCUGUUGCCAUGGGUGAUCUGCCGCUGUAUGAACUGAAGCAGUUGCUCAUGAGUUUCACCCGACAAGUGGUGAGUGGGUUGGGCUAUCUCUCCUUGAAGGGCUUUGUACACAGGGACCUGGCGGCCAGGAAUGUACUGGUCUCAGAUGAGGGAAUAUGUAAGAUUGCUGACUUUGGACUGUCUCGAAACCUUCAGAAUGAGGAGUACUAUCGGUCCCACGGAGGGAAAGUCCCUGUCAAGUGGACGGCCCCUGAGGCUAUCAACUAUCGCAAAUACUCGUCUGCCAGUGAUGUCUGGAGCUACGGCUGUGUGCUCUAUGAGAUAUGGACACUGGGGGAGAAGCUGUUCUCUCAUCUUACUAACACAGAGACAAUAGAAGCAGUGAUCAGUGGUGAGAGGCUCCCCCCACCCCCUGGUUGCCCCAGGCCUAUCUACAGCAUCAUGAUCGACUGUUGGCACCCUGAUCCCGAGUGCAGACCUGUAGCAUGUGAUCUGGUGACCAAAUUACUGCGACCAGACUUCAUUUUCCUAAAGUGGCAGGCCAGUGAGACUAGCCGCUACCCUGAGGAGGCUCAAACCCUCGGCACAGCUCUGGAGAAUGGCCACUGUCUGCACAUGGACUUACAGAGGAGGUACUGUAAAGGACCAAGCACACAUGCACGCAAGGAGAAAAAAGAACUGGAUUCAAACACUGUAUAUGACACCAACAUUUCAUAUAAUGCCGUGCCGUUCAUUCAGUGAAGCUUUAAACAAUUAAAGUGUUGGGCAUGUUCGUAUGCUAUAUCAAUUAAGUAAAAUAAAAUUAUGAAUGAUGGGUAA